ACGCAUCGCAUUUAGCGAACAAACAAAUUCCACACACAAAUAGUUCGGUAAAUAAGUUUACACACACACAAUAGUUGUAAAUGAUAAAAUCAUAUUGACGCCAAUAUCAUCUUUAUUGCGUGUUUCGUGAGAAAAAAUAUGAUGACGUGGCGCGUUUGGCAAUCAGCAGAUUUCUAUCGGAGUGAAAGCAGUUCGAACCACCACCAGUAGUAGCUACUGGUCACACCUUUAUCAGCCACCAGCGAGGCAGUCCAUGUAAUUACUUCUCUUGUCUAAAUUACAAUCGGUGCAUUGCACGUACUCGCAUCUCCUGUCCGUGUACAUUGAAGAGUUCUGAUAUUACACCCUAGAACGUUAAAUAACAUUUCAUUAUGCGUAAGUACAUGCCAUGGAAUCCUUACAGCGCCCUGGCGCGAAACGUGUUGUAUGCCGACGACCUUACAGGCAACAAUUCUACUGCCACCUCUGAUGAGAACACCUCAUCCGAACUCAAUGAUACCACCUUAUCCGAACCCGAGGAUGUCCUCGAGAGGGAACCAACAACGCCUAUAACACCAAGAACCAUGAGGGGAUCCAGCACCCCUGAAUGUAUUCUUCCCUUGAGUCUCCGCGAUAGUUUAGCAUGGCUCAAUACGCCGGACACCUCCAGCUCAGACUCAUUCGGGGAUGUAUCGGGUACAACCGCAUCCUCAAACUCUACUGAGCCGAUACCAUCGUCACCAAUUGCCACAUUCGUUCCUUUAUUCAUUCCUUCUAUUCCUACGGUCCCUGGGCCGAAGCCAGUUCUGACCAAGGUGAUGGCUUCCAUUCCACUACCACCUCGGAUGUUGAAGAAGAAGAAGAAGAUACCAAUCGAUCUUGCCCCAACCACCAGGAUGAUCAGUUUGGCACCGAGGGAGAAGAUCUGGGAUGCUAUGCCGAAGGAGAUAAAUCUCACUUUGGCGCCGCAGAAGUUUGAUAGCGAGCCAUCGCCGAAGAUCCGCGUGCCUACCGAUAUGAUGGACUUCUAUAUGCAACAGUUGCGGGACUUGGGCACCACGGAUAUCAUUCCAAUAACUAGACCUCGUCCGCCUCCCCCUCCACCACCUCCUUUUCCCAGUACUUAUUAUAAUAGUGAUGGAGAAUUGGUCAAGGACGAGAAGCAGGUGAUUCCUAAGCGUUACUAUGAUUCUUCAACUGAUGAGGAUGAAGCUGUUGAUUGCAAACGUCCAAAAGUCGAAUAAUUUUAGAAAGAAAAAAAAAGAAAAAGAUUUUGGCGAUAAUUGUGUAGAAAUCAAUAGAAUGGCACUCUUUCUCAUUUAUAA